AUGGGUGAAACCGCACUGCCUAUCGUCGAGGAGACCGCUCCCCAAGAAACUGAACCCCCUAUAGGUGGUUUAAAUGGGCUAAAGAAUUCACACCAUCAAAGGCAACAUCAGCCGAAUAGCGACGGCGCCUCCCCGCCUCCGCUUCACGCUCCGCACACCCUCUCCUUCGAAGAAGUUGCAGAGGCUCUGCGCGUAGACAUCAAUCAUGGACUCAGCACCACCGAGGCGGAAUCCCGCCUUGGGCUCUAUGGACCCAACAAGGUUAAGGGAGCUGAGGGGCUAUCCAUGUGGAAGAUUCUCAUGAGGCAGAUCUCAAACAGUCUUACGUUCGUCCUCAUCAUCGUAAUGGCCAUAAGCUUUGGCAUCGACGACUAUAUCGAAGGCGGCGUAAUCACUGCAGUCAUUCUACUCAACAUCAUUGUUGGUUUCUGGCAAGACUAUCGUGCUGAAAAGACGAUUGAGUCUCUUAAGAAGCUUACGGCUCCAGAGGCUACCGUCACUCGAAACGGCAUACCUGAUCAGAAGGUCAAGGCAAUCGACCUUGUACCUGGUGACAUUGUGCAACUCAACGUAGGAAGCAUUGUACCUGCUGAUCUCCGUCUCAUCGACGGUGUCAACGCCUUCACCAACGAAGCCUUCCUCACAGGUGAAUCUCUCCCUGUUGAGAAGACGCCCAAUAAGAAGUUCGACGACGCCGACAUGGCCACUGCUGACCGCACCAAUCUCGCUUUCUCUGGAAGUGAGAUGACGUCGGGUCGAUGCCGCGGUAUUGUCGUUGCAACCGCCAUGGACACUGAAGUAGGCCAGAUUGCGACCAUGCUUCGUCAGAAAAAAGACGACAAGGCGCAGUCUCAAGGCUUCUUCGCUAAACUGGUUUGGAGAUUUGUCAAUGGCCUGAAGACCAUCCUCGGCCUGGUAGGAACACCGCUCCAGAUCACUCUCAGUAAAUUCGCUCUUUUGUUGUUCGGUCUUGCCAUCCUUCUUGCCAUCAUUGUCUUCUCCGCAAGCAAAUGGGUGGUUGGUGGCGAGGUCCUAAUCUACGGCAUCUGUGUGGCUGUCGCGGUCAUUCCGGAAUCCCUCAUUGCGGUUCUUACCAUCACCAUCGCAGUCGGCGGAAAGGCUAUGGCCAAGGCCAAUGUCAUCACUAGGGUCCAGUCUGCCAUCGAAGCUGUUGGAGGUGUCACCAACAUUUGCUCUGACAAGACUGGUACUCUUACCCAAGGCCGCAUGGUCUCAAAGAAGGCCCUCAUCCCAGGUGUCGGAACAUUCUCUGUGGAUGGCAUCACAGAUCCAUACAACCCAGGAAGCGGCCAGGUUUCUCUCGACGGCCAGGUACUCGGCUUAGAUGCCUACAGACCUGAUGCCGUCCUUGCUCGUUUCCUUCGCACUAUCGCACUCUGCAACAACUCCAAGGUACUACCUUCGCAGGAUACCGACCUCGAGAUUCGAAGUGAGAGAAAGACUGGCCUCGACCGCUACGCCAGCGAUAACAAGAGCGAGACUGACUCAUCGACCAUUGAGUCGAUCUCACGACCGCCCACCGCUAUUUUCAACAACCCUACGACUGGACCUUGGAAAGCACACGGCGAGCCGACUGAAAUCGCUCUACAUGUCCUUGCGUCCCGCUUCAACAUGGGCAAGGAGAACCUGCUGGAUUCGCUUAACGUCUCCCUCGCUACAGAGUUUUCUUUUGAUUCGACGGUCAAGAAAAUGACAGUCGUCUACAGAGACAACUCAACACACAACCUCGACGUGUACACCAAGGGAGCUACUGAAUUUAUGCUCCCCGCCCUCAACGUCACCGACCAGGAGCGAGAGGGUAUCUUGCAGGCCGCGGAGUCGAUGGCCAAUGAAGGUCUUCGCGUACUCUGCAUCGCCCACAAGACACUGCUUCCUGGUGCCGAUAUCCACGAACGUGCCGCGGUCGAAAGCGACCUCAACUACAUUGGUCUUGUCGCUAUCUAUGACCCACCUCGCUUGGAGACCAAGGGUGCUGUCCGCGAAUGCAAGGUCGCUGGCAUCACCGUGCACAUGCUUACAGGUGACCAUCCGGGCACUGCUCGAGCUAUUGCUCGUGAUGUCGACAUAAUCAACGACUCUACCCCUACCUCCGCUGUCAUGAUCGCUCGCGAGUUCGACGACAUGACCGAAGACCAGAUUGAUGCAAUGGAAACACUGCCUCUGGUCAUCGCUCGGUGUAGCCCCAAGACAAAGGUCAAGAUGGUCCAGGCUCUUCACCGUAGGCAGCGCUUCUGCGUCAUGACUGGCGAUGGUGUCAAUGACUCACCCGCCCUCAAGCAAGCCAACGUUGGUAUGGCCAUGGGUAGUGGCAGUGAUGUCGCUAAGGAUGCCGCUGAGAUGGUAUUGACUGACGAUAACUUCGCUUCGAUCGUAAAAGCUGUUGAGGAAGGUCGCCGUCUCUUUGACAACAUCCAGAAGUUCUUGAUGCAUCUUCUCAUCUCGAACAUUGCGCAGGUCAUCCUCCUGUUGAUUGGUCUCGCCUUCAAGGACAACGACAACCACUCUGUCUUUCCUUUGUCCCCCAUUGAGAUCCUUUGGGUCAACCUCAUCACAUCCUCUUUCCUCGCCAUCGGUCUUGGCCUGGAGGAGAAGCAAGAAGAUAGCAUGUACCGCCCACCCCAUGACGUCAAAGCUGGUGUCUUCUCCAAGGAACUCAUCACCGACAAGUUCAUCUACGGUUUCUUCAUGGGCGCUCUGUGUCUCUUCUCCUUUGCCGUUGUCGCCUAUGCCGGUCCUGGUGGUGGCAACCUCGGCUCUGGCUGCAACGAAGGCUUCAACGACACUUGUGAGGUUGUGUUCCGCGCGCGAGCUACAACAUACACCACCAUCACGCUCCUCCUUCUCGUCACCGCGUGGGAAGUCAAACAUUUCGCCCGCUCUCUGUUCAACAUGUACCCCAACGCCGACCAGAACGUGCCGCGCGGCCUUUCCGUCUUCCCUACCCUCUGGCGCAACCGCUUCCUCUUCUUUGCUGUCCUUGCUGGUCUGGUCAUGAUGUUCCCGAUUGUGUACAUCCCCAUCAUCAACGAGAAGGUGUUCAAGCACGGCUCCAUUACAUGGGAGUGGGGCGUCAGCUUUGGCUGCGUCGUUCUCUACAUCUCGGCCAUUGAGACGUGGAAGAUGAUCAAGCGCCGCCUCGGCAUCUGGUCCGGUGCGCACAAGGUCAUCAGCCGAGAGGAUGCUGAAGCCCGGGCGGGCUUGGACGUCAUUGCCGUGCCCCGCAUGAGCGAAAAAUAA